AUGCUUGGUUAUGACGAGUUUUUUCCCAUUCAAACGAUAUAUUCAACUGGCACUGCGCCACACUCUGUAGCUGUUGGUGAUUUUAAUAACGACACCCAUCUGGAUAUCGUCGUCGCUAAUAGAGAUAACAACAAUAUAAGUGUACUUCUCGGACAUGGAAAUGGUUCUUUUGCAAAUCAAACGAAAUAUUCAACUGGCUCUAAACCAUGGUCUGUAGCUGUUGGUGAUUUUAACAACGACACCCGACUGGAUACCGUCGUUGCUAAUAGAGAUGACAAUAAUAUAAGUGUACUUCUCGGACAUGGAAACGGUUCUUUUGCAAAUCAAACGAACUAUUCAACUGGCUCUAAUCCAAGCUCUGUAGCUGUCGGUGAUUUAAAUAACGACAACCGACUGGAUAUCAUCGUUGCUAAUUAUCGGGACAACACUGUAAGUGUCCUUCUCGGAUAUGGCAAUGGCUCUUUUGCAAAUCAAACGAUAUAUUCAACUGGCUCUGGUGCACAAGCUGUAGCUGUUGGUGAUUUUAAUAAUGACACUCGACAGGAUAUCGUCGUUGCUAAUUUUGAUGACAACACUGUAAGUGUACUUCUCGGAUAUGGAAAUGGCUCUUUUGCAAAUCAAACAAAAUAUUCAACUGGCCCUAAUCCACGCUCUGUAGCUGUUGGUGAUUUUAACAAUGACACCCAUCUGGAUAUUGUCGUUGCUAAUGAUGCGGACAACACUGUAAGUGUAUUUUUCGGAUAUAGCAAUGGCUCUUUUGCAAAUCAAACGAAAUAUUCAACUGGCACUGCACCAUCUGUAGCUCUUGGUGAUUUUAACAACGACACUCGACAGGAUAUCGUCGUCGCUAAUUUUGGUGAUAACACUGUAAGUGUGCUUCUCGGAUAUAGCAAUGGCUCAUUUGCAAAUCAAACGACAUAUUCAACUGGCUCUGGCCCAGACUCUAUGGCUAUUGGUGAUUUUAACAAUGACACUCGACAGGAUAUUGUCGUUGCUAAUUUGAAUGACGACACUGUGAGUAUACUACUUCGGUAUGAUAGAGGAGCUCUGAAAGACAAAAUCACAUUUGCAUCUGUCGAUGGUUCUCGUUUGCGAAGCUUUGCCAUUUUUGAUUUCAAUAACGAUAGCCUAUUGGACAUCGUCGUGAUCAAUUAUGGUACUAAUAACAUAGGUAUUCUUCUCGGACAUGGGAAUGGCACUUUUGGAAACCAAAUGGUGCUCUCAACGGGCUUAAAUUCUCAUCCUGAUUCAAUCGCUAUCGAUGAUUUUAAUAAAGAUGGUCAAGCGGAUAUAGUCGUGGCCAAUUAUAAUACUAAAAAUCUUGUCACAUUUCUGGGAAGUGGGAACGGGACAUUUGAAAAUCGAGGGAGUUAUGGUAUAAAUUUCGAUUUUGCUCCAUUGGUAGUUGGUGCUGGUAGUGUCAACAAAGAUGGACGUUCAGAAAUUCUUGUCACAUAUGAUGGCAUUGAUCAUGUAGAUGUGUUUGUUACAUAUGACGUCGGAUCUUUCACUCCUCAAAUGACAUAUUCUACUGGCAUUUGGCCAAGGGCUGUAGCUAUUGGUGAUUUUAAUAACGAUAUCCGACUGGAUGUCGUCGCCGUUAACCGAGGGGGCAACACUAUAAGUGUCCUUCUCGGAUAUGGAAAUGGCUCAUUUGCAACUCAAACGAUAUAUUCAACUGGCUCCUCACCAUGGGCUGUAGCUAUUGAUGAUUUUAAUAACGACACCCAUCUGGAUAUCGUCGUCGCUAAUUCUGGUGACAACACUGUAGGUGUACUUCUGGGAUACGGGAAUGGCUUUUUUGCAAAUCAAGCGAUAUAUUCAACUGGCUAUCAACCACGGUCUAUAGCUGUUGGUGAUUUUAACAACGAUGUCCGACUGGAUAUCGUCGUUGCUAAUCAGGGUGACAACACUGUAAGUAUCCUUCUGGGAUAUGGAAAUGGUUCUUUUGCAAAUCAAACGAAAUAUCCAACUGGCUAUAAACCAUGGCCUGCAACUGUUGGUGACUUCAACAAUGACACCCAUCUGGAUAUUGUUGUCGCUAACAAUGAUGAUAAAACUGUAAGUGUCCUUCUAGGGCAUGGAAAUGGUUCUUUUGCGAAUCAAACAAUAUAUUCAACUGGUUCUCAACCAUACUCUAUAGCUGUUGGUGACUUUAAUAACGAUACUCGACUGGAUAUCGUCGUUGCUAAUUAUGGUGACAACACUGUAAGUAUCCUUCUAGGAUAUGGCAAUGGCUCUUUUGCAAAUCAAACGACAUAUUCAACUGACUCUGGUGCACAAGCUGUAGCUGUUGGUGAUUUUAAUAAUGACAGUCGACUGGAUAUCGUUGUCGGUAAUUGGGAUAACAAUACUAUGAGUAUCCUUCUUGGAUAUGGCAAUGGCUUUUUUGCAAAUCAAAUGAUCUAUUCAACUGGCACUAGUCCUUCAUCUGUAGCUGUUGGUGAUUUUAAUAAUGACACCCGACUGGAUAUCAUCAUCGCUAAUAGCAAUGAGGAUACUGUUAGUGUAUAUCUCGGAUAUCCCAAUCAAGGUUUUCUAAGCCAAAUGAAGCUCAUAAUUGGGAAUGGAUCUCGUCCUAAGUCAUUCGCCAUUGGGGAUUUUAACAAUGACAGUCAAAUAGAUAUUGCAGUUGCAAAUUCAGGCACUAACAACGUUGGUAUUUUUCUAAGAUAUGGUAAUAAUUCUUUCGCAAAACAAAUUAUAUAUCCAACUGAUUCCUGUCCAUUGGCGGUAGCUGUUGGUGAUUUCAACAACGAUACAAUACUUGACGUUGUCACCGCGAAUCAUGGCAAUGACACUGUUGGUAUAUUUCUUGGAUGGGGUAACGCAGUUGGAGCUGAGUGUGGAUUUCUUGAACCACCACAAUACUCAGCAGUAUUUCGAUUUUAUUAG